AUGGCGGAAGCCGAACCCUGCCACUUGCAGUCACUGAUAGAAGGCAUAUGUGAUUCGUCCCCAGACCCGCAUUUGCUUGAAUGCCCAAUUUGCCUGGAGCAGCUGCAACAACCGAAGUCCUUGCCUUGUCUGCAUUCCUUUUGUCAGGAAUGUCUAGGAAGCUACAUCAUAAAAGAGUUGUCGGAUAAAGGGUCGUCUGCGACUUCUUUCUCCUGUCCUGUGUGCCGAAGAAUCAUUGAGCCGGUGAACCCAUCAGAAGCCAAAGGGAAAUGGGCUGAACAGUUCCCCAUCAAUAAUUUGGUUGUUGAGAUGAUCAAACUGUCACAGAGAACGGUUAUUUCUAAAACAUGCAGACCAUGUGAGAAGAGAGGUAAAGUUGGUGUAUUAGCAAAGUUUUGGUGUAAACCAAAUAAUACGUUCUUCUGUGCUGAUUGCAAAGUAAAUUACCACGACGUGAUUCAUGAAGAGUGCAAUCCAGAAGACCUCACUAACGUGAAUGUACCAGUUGUAAAAAGUCCGAAAGCCAUUGUCUAUGGAUGUGCAAAACACAAUGAAAAGAUGGAGUAUUACUGCGAGGACCAUCAGCAUCUUAUUUGCAGGAAAUGUAUCGACAACGACCAUCGGAAGUGUGAAGUUGUAACGUCAGCAGAGGAGUCAUACGAUAAACUGAGAAAGAGCUCAAAGGUCGAUGAUCUAAUUGAGUCAUUACAUAAGUGCACUGAAGCCAUGGAAACGCUGAUUAAAGACAUUGGCGAACAAUUUAAAACAAUGGCACAUGAUCAAGAAACUGCGUUGAGAAGUUUAGCAGAUUUACGACGUAAAAUAGACACACGAUUUGACACACUGCAGAAAGAGAUGACGGACAAGCUAGUAUCAUACUUCAAGGAAGAGAAAGAAAAUCUGAAUAUAUCGAUACAGAAAUGUGAACGGCUGAAGUUCACGAUGCAGAAAACGCUGGCGUCGUACGGGAAUGAAACCUUAAAGGAAGAUGUCGUCGGUACUAUUUGUCAGUUUCAAAAGGGAAAGGCGCAAGUGAAAUCUUGCGAGGGGCUCAUGCAGGAACUCGAGAAUUUACCAAAAAACACCAUACGUAUAAGUCACAAAUAUGACUCACACGUUAUCGACAUAAACACCAAGCUUCUUAUGGGUGAAAUAGUUGUUGAUAAGCAAUCGAGGAAUCUUCCUUCUUUUCCCAUGAGUGAUGUUUCGAUGACAUUGUUCAAACGACAGCUGAGGCUGAAACGAAAGUUGAAUAUACAACUUCCUUCAGAUAACAACACCUGCAGUGUCUGUGGAAUAGUGUCCCUCCCUGAUAGUGGUAUCGUUGUAGCGGACAAAGCGAACAAAAACGUUAAGCUUUUUCAAGAAAAUGGACAUUUUCUUUGUGGAAUCUCACUGACUGGGAAACCACGUGAUGUUUGUCUAGUAGAUGAUCAUACUGUAGCGGUGAUGCUUCCUCCAAAUACCAUUUCUGUUAUCAAUAUUGUGGACUUUAAGUUGAAACUGUUAUCGGAAAUAAAAGUUUCCGUAGCUCCUGGUACUAACUGCUAUGGUAUCACUUACUGUCACGAUGCAUUUGUCAUUGGUACAUCGAAAUCGAUUAUCUUUGUUACAGAAAAUGGAUGCAAAACAAAACAGCAUUCAAUUAAUUUUGCUUGUUUGCACCUCGCUACAGAUCAUAAGAAAAGGCACGUGUUUGCUAGCAUCCAUUCUUACAACCAAAAAGAAGUUGCCGUGACCAGACUGUCUGAUGGUAAUCGCACUGAUGUUCUGAUGAAUGGAAAUUUAUACCAGGCAACAGGAAUAGAUGUUGACAGGGAAAACAACGUGUAUGUAUGUGGACAGGCAACUGACAAUGUCAUACAGAUAUCUGAGGACGGUACACACGUCAGGCAACUACUGACAUCAUCAGAUGGAAUUAAGCGACCAAGGGCAAUUUCUGUGUGUUUAGAUAGAGUCUUGAUUUCCAGCCAAUCACCAGACCAACAAAACACAGUACACGUGUUCCAGUUCGUUUGA